AAUGGCAUGCAGGUAGACCAUAAAGGCCUGGGACGAUCUCUCCAGUUUCAGUAGCUUGUCCACCCACUGACAAUGGCAAGCAAACGUGUCCUGUUGUGGAUUCUUUCGCUGGCUGCUUCACUCGAUCCCUCAGUUUGCACAGAGUUUAAUGGGGUGAAGGUGUAUGACGUGGUCCGGCCAAUCAGACUUCACAGCCUGAAAAAGAGGGCAGUGGAGUCCUCAAGGCCUGAGGUACUGAAGUAUGGGAUGACAUUACAAGGAAAGGACAUCGAGUUAAACCUGGAGCGGAACCAGGGUAUUUUGACAAAGGAAUACAGUGAGACAUACUAUACUGAAGACGGCACACCAGUCACCUCUGCUCCUGAGGACUUGGACCACUGCUACUAUCAAGGGAGCAUUGUCAACGACAGUGAAUCCAUGGUUAGCGUUAGCACCUGUGAUGGCCUCAGGGGAUAUAUCCAGACAGCAGAACAGAAGUACUUGAUUGAACCCAUGACGGAGGAUAAAGAUGGAGACCAUGCAGUUCUAAAGUUUGAUGAUGUUCACGACAAACCAAUGACGUGUGGAGUCACCAACACCAGCUGGGAGCCGGAGUACCCUGCCAAAACCAGCAGAGCCCGAUCCCGUGGGGCUAGACCAUCAUUACUCCAGCAGCAGAAAUACGUUGAGCUCUAUCUUGUAGCAGACAACAGAGAGUAUAUACGCAUGAAAAAAGACAUGUCGGAAUUGAGGAAACGAAUAUUUGAGAUCAUCAAUUUUGUUAAUGGGGUAUACAAGCCUCUCAACACCUUCAUUGCCUUGACUGGACUGGAGGUGUGGACAGACCGUGACAAGAUAUCAGUGACCUCACCGUCAGGGGCCACCUUGGACGCUUUCACCAAGUGGAGGAACUCUGACCUGAAGAAAAGAAAGCGCCAUGACAAUGCUCAAUUGAUAACGGGUAUUGACUUUGAUGGAUCAACAGUUGGACUGGCCUUCAUUGGAACACUGUGCUUCGAUCACUCCACUGGGGUUGUCCAGGAUCAUAACAAUCGGGCGAUUGCAGUUGGAGCAACACUAUCACAUGAAAUGGGACACAACUUCGGAAUGAGCCAUGACACAAGUUCCUGUGUCUGCCCAGACAAAUCCUGCAUAAUGGCUGCAGCCCUAAGCUAUACCAUCCCUCAGAAAUUCAGCAGCUGCAGCAGUAACGGCUUCAACGACUAUCUGAACAACCGCAACCCCGAGUGUGUGCUGAACAAGCCGGACUACAAGGAGCUGGUGACGGAGCCGGUGUGCGGGAACGGGUUUCUGGAGCGAGGGGAGCAGUGUGACUGUGGCACGCUGGUGGAGGAGGAAUGCACCAACCCAUGUUGCAAUGCCACCAACUGUAGACUAAAGGAAGGGGCUCAGUGCGCUCAAGGGGCCUGCUGUGACGAGGACUGCAGGAUCAUGUCCCCCAACAGAGAGUGCAGACCCAAGUACGAUGACUGCGAUCUGGCGGAGUACUGCACCGGCAAAUCUACCGAGUGUCCAGAGGACGUCUACACCGUGAAUGGCCUCCCGUGUGAUAAUGGGAAAGGCUACUGCUACGAUGGCCAGUGUCCUCAGAGGGAGGAUCAGUGUGUCCAAAUGUUUGGAGGAACUGCACGAGUGGGCAGCCAAUUCUGCUUUAACCAGAACACGAGGGGGGUGUACUAUGGCUUCUGCAAGAGGCCUAGCACAGAUGUGUAUCAGCCAUGCCAGAAAGAGGACAUAAUGUGUGGGAAGCUGUUCUGUCAUGGCGGCAAUGGCAGUCCAAAUUACGGUCGACUGGUGGCCUUCAAGGAAUGUAAAGCAACAUUCUAUGGUGACCCUGACAGCGACCGUGGACAGGUGGAUACAGGCACCAAAUGUGGAGACGGAAUGGUAUGCAGUCAGAAUCAGUGUGUGAACCUUGAGACAGCCUACAAAGCAGUCAACUGCUCAGCCAAGUGCCCUGGGAAUGCGGUGUGCAAUCACAGAUCACAGUGCCAGUGCGAGCCAGGGUGGCUUCCACCAACCUGCGACUCAAAGGAUCCAAGCUGGCAGCUCUCCAGAGGGGGUACAAUAGCCAUCGCAGUAGUUUUCUCCCUUUUGGGUCUGAUCAUCGUGAUUGGGAGCAGUGUUUUCAUGUGGAAACGAAGACAAAACUCUUUACCUGGUCUCUCAGCCCAGAAGAGCCAACCUGUUUUUGGGCGCCAGCCAGUGAAGACGCCUAAGCCCAACGCACAAGCAACACAACGGCCUACCACUAGACCACCACCUCCUCCCCCCUCUGGUGGCCGGAAUAGACCUCUGCAGCCCAAUUUCAUGGCAGCACGAGAGGCUCUGCGGCCGCCGCCUCGAGUAUGAUCUACAGUAUCAGGAGAUAAGCACAAGUGAAGAGGAGUGUGUGUGUUUGCUCCAAGUUCACAACUUCUGUCUGUUUGGACUGAAAGGUUUGGUAAACACCAACCACAAGAUCUAUGUGCACUAGAAACGAACAUGGAAUGGCCUGGGAAGAGCCAGCAGGUGCAAUGUUUCAUGUCCACUCUAUAAUAGGGUGUGGCAUGAUUUUUUUUUAAUAGCCAUACACUGUAUGAAACAGUUUUCAUUGCCAUAUUUGAAUGUGCAAGUCUGUUUGUGUGUGUGUGUGUGUGUGUGUGUGUGUGUGUGUGUCUCUGUGUCUGUGUGUGUAUGAAUGGGUUGAAAUGCCAAAUUGAGCCUUAGUAUGGCAUGUCUAUGCCUUUCAAUGGUUACUUGAGAUUUUUGCAGCUUCAUAAGAUAUUAAAUAAAUAUUGUGUAUACUUUUUAAUUGUACAUAGAUGAACUGAGAUUUCUCAUUUCCUCAGUAAAGUUAUCUGUAUCUGUAAAUUUGCUGUUUUAAGUACUACAUUGUACACUUAACAGAUUGUUACCAUUUCAUUGCUAUGUAAUGUUGUACAUACAUGGUUUAAAAGAGAACAUAUAAAGUGUAAAAAUAUUAAUAAAACACACUAAAAUACC